UGGGACGCGCCUUCCGGCUUGAGCUCCAGCUCCACUGGAGAGGUCCACCUCCACUCGUGAAGUUCGCAGAUAGACCGCCGGGAGUUCCCGGAAGUGGCCCCGUGGCCAGCUUCCGGUGCUGUGGGGAGAAAUGGCGGUGGUCACCUUGAUCCCGACGCUGUCGCGGGUACUGUCAAAGCACAGCCUGCUGUCUCCUUUGUUCAGUGUGACAUCAUUCAGACGAUUCUACAGAGGUGGCAGCCCAACAGAUUCUCAAAAAGACAUGAUUGAAAUCCCUUUGCCUCCAUGGCAGGAAAGAACUGAUGAAUCCAUAGAAACCAAAAGAGCCCGCCUACUCUAUGAGAGCAGAAAGAGGGGGAUGCUGGAGAACUGCAUUCUCCUGAGCCUCUUUGCUAAAGAAUAUCUGCACAACAUGACAGAGAAGCAGCUGAACCUCUACGAUCGCCUGAUUAAUGAGCCUAGCAAUGACUGGGAUAUUUACUAUUGGGCCACAGAAGCAAAACCAGCUCCAGAAAUAUUUGAGAAUGAAGUCAUGGAACUGCUGCGAGAGUUCACCAAAAACAAAAACAAAGAGCAGAGACUGCGGGCCCCAGAUCUGGAAUAUCUCUUUGAAAAGCCUCAUUAAGCUGUGUGCCACUGCCUGUCAUGGUGGUCAGUAUAUGGACAGAAGCUGCUUCUGGUACUG